AAUCUGACACAUUAGUUUGUCAUGUAUCUAUGAUUUUUCCAGGAGUCCGAGAUCAGAGCUUCCGUGUCAUUUAUAUUGUAUUAUGUAGUAUUUUCAGUGCAGUUUAGUCGUUGUUCAUGCAUUUUUUAUCAGUGUCUGAUCACAGUCUUAAGUUCUAGAAGUGUUAAUAUGGCUAAUACAGAUUUUAGGAAGGACGUAACUAUGCCUGUUCGCCCCCGGAGCGUGUACACGGCACACUCUUAUAAUCAGGAGGAGUCGAAUUUAUCCGCUUUUCAAGAUUAUAGCAAAUUUUUGGAAGGUGGACUAGGUCAGGCUGAGCUCGUCGGAGCAACGGGAUGGCAGCCCCCCUGGCGUGCACCAUUGCAGCGAAAGGCCCCGUUUUAUCCCGGUGAUGAUAUUUAUCAUGCUGACACUUGGCGAGAGCUUGAGGUAACUGAUGUAAUGGGUGGCGCUGGCUAUAAUGCAUCGGUUACUCCGCAUGGUACUAUUUGUCUGAGGUUAAGAGAUAGGGUCAAGGUCGAUAUGACAAUGGACGGUGCAGUCAGAGUCACUAAUGCGAAGAAUAAUAUAAUAUUGGCGUUGUCCCGGUCUGGAGCUGCUGCGGCACUCAUACAUCCAAAUGGACGUGUGUACCACUAUGGAUCGAGAGUCGAGAUCCAAGCUCGCCACCAACAAGGCAACAAUAAGUACGCGAAAAUGUGGUAUAAAGGCGUAUCUUUCACUGCGGAACAAUGUGCACUGGUAUACUUGGUGGACGCCGCCGGUACUCGGACUACAACAGAUACAUUCCUCGACAUGAGUCAAGACUUCACUCUCAACGUUUUUUACAACGAGUCAAGGCACGGCCCGUCGUAUGUGAACGAGGCGUUAUCGCUGCUCCAAGCUGCGCAGUAUUGGCUUACCGACGACGGAAUUGACAACUGGAUCAUAAAUAACGUACGGGUCAGUCAAACUGCUGAUGGACUGGUCAGGAUCCAUAGGUGCAGUCACAAGUAUCAGCUGCGUACCAGUCCGAGCAAUGGUUCCGCUUCGAUCACCAGUCCGUUCCUCCACUGCACCGCGUCGCUCGGACAGACACAGCACCUGUUCGUUCGCCGCGGCGAGAGACGGAUGCAUUUCGACGGUAACUCGUUCAUAGUUCGCAACGCUGGUCACUCGGCCGGCUUUGAUGAUAAAAAUCAACUAAAAGUUUACUGAGCGGUGACCGCGAACCGCGAACCGCGCACAUUCUUUAGCGUCUUUCGUCUCAAGUGACAUCGUGUGAUUGUAUUCGAUAAACUAACUGGACUACAGUGUGUGCUUAGUGCGAAUUUUCUAACGUCCUCGAUAUCGAUAGCGUAAAAGUUAGCUCAUAUUUGUAUGGAAUGGGAUCGUUUGCGUACGUUUGCCGCUAGGGGCGCUGUUCCAAAUGCAUACAAAACUUUUACGCUAUCGAGUACUUUAAGAAACUCGCACUAAACACACUGGUUUACUUUUUUUGGUCGUAUGAAGGAGAACGCACUCUAAUAAUUUUGCUUUACGGUAAAUGUGGCGUUGAUUUUUUUGACAACGUAAAUUACGAAAACAUAUAUUGUGGGACCGUUUGAGUGCCGUUGUAUAUUUUUUUAAAUUUCCGAUUUUCUAUAUCAAAAAGGAUAAUAAAAUUAAUUGAUCUUUUAGUACAAUUGUCUUGUAGAAAUCGCACAUACGCUGCGAUAACGUCACUUAUGCAAAUUAUGUAAUUUUUCGUGAGAGGCGUUGGGAAAUCAAUAUCUUAUUUAAUAAAUAACUCUUAUGUAGUUCUGCUAGACUAUAGAAAUAAAAUAAUAUUUAAACUACAAUUUUAAACUUUAUCAGUAAAAGCAAACAUCUCUCGCGUCUCACUAAUAACUAUUAAAAAACGUAUUGUCUCAUACUCAGUGCAGUGUUAACGAAAAUUACGUGACUUUAAAGCGGCGUAUGUGCGAAAUGUUUUUGGUACGCUCUCCAGUGCUUUAAGAUUUUCUAUAAAGUGCCGCCAUCUCGCGGCGAAUUUUCAAAUUACAAUGGAAACGGUUCUGUUUCCGGAAAGCUGUGUUAGCGUGCGUUCCCAGUUUUCCACCAGAGAUGGACAAGUUGUUUCUAAAGUAUAGUGUAGAAAUGGAUAUUUUAUUUGAAAACUUCAAGGCUAUUUUAAUUUGUUCGAAUAACCCGUAACGCUACUGAGCUCAUUUAAAAUAUUAUUUUAAAAAUGUACACAUUUCUCUAUCACGAACUUAAGUGUGAGAUCAUCAAACGUGCAGAAAGUCUGUCUGUAAUAUUAUUAGCCCUGUACAUUUUUUAUCUAUACACUAUUAUAUUUUGUAACUGUAUUUGAAUUUAGUGUUGCAUUCAAUAGUAUAAUAUGAAUUUAUUACCAAACAUUUUGUCGUAAUAUUAGGUUUAUGUGAGCAGCCGCGAUGUCAUUACAUAUUUGUGUUAAUGGCUGUUCUUAGUUUUGGACUCUAUCUUCUCAUACAUUUUAGGUUUACAUUAAAUACACCGGUCAACCAGUUUAUUAAUGAAAUUCCGAUUUCAAACAUUCGUACUGAAAAAAUGCCGUAACUUCGAAGGUGGUCCGUUAUCAUGCUCUAAUCCCCAAAAACUGCUUCACUAAUUACUACAUAUUAUCCUUUACUUUAUUCCUUUGUUCUAAGUUCAGUUAAUUUCAUCUUUUGUAAAUGUUUUCAUAGUGGACAUCAGUCUUAUACCUAAGUGUUUUUUUAACUUUGUCGAGCUCAGUAGCAAGGUGCCACAUAGUGAUGCCACUCUUUCCUCUCUGGUUUUUUUUUUGUUGUUGUACAAGACGACUCGUCCAUGGUGUUAAUUUUAGUUAAAGUUCAAGUAUGAUGUGAAGAGAAUAAAAGUAUAUGACUGUUAUAAAAA